AGUUAUCUAUAUAUACAGCUAUUAUUACAUUUAAAAAAGUUUUCGCUGCAUUUUCAUUUUCAUUUUCGUAGAGAGAGAAAUAGAAAUAUAUAGAGAGAGAAAGAGACGAAAUGAAGACGAAAAUCACAAUUAUCAGAUGAUUUAUCUGGAAAGUUCUAGAAGGUUCGAGAAAGAUGCCGUCAAAUGGAGAUCUAGAUCGACAAAUAUCACAAUUAAUGGAAUGCAAACCGUUAUGUGAAUCAGAUGUAAAAACAUUAUGUGAUCAAGCUAGAGCUAUACUUGUUGAAGAAUGGAAUGUUCAACCUGUUAAAUGUCCAGUUACUGUUUGUGGUGAUAUACAUGGACAGUUUUAUGAUUUAAUUGAGUUGUUUAGGAUUGGUGGUAAUGCUCCUGAUACUAAUUAUCUCUUCAUGGGAGAUUAUGUUGACCGUGGAUACUAUUCGGUGGAGACUGUCACACUUUUGGUUGCUCUGAAGGUCCGUUAUAGAGAUAGAAUCACGAUUCUUAGGGGAAAUCAUGAAAGCCGACAAAUCACUCAAGUGUAUGGUUUUUAUGAUGAAUGCUUGAGGAAAUAUGGCAAUGCGAAUGUUUGGAAGUUUUUCACUGAUCUUUUUGAUUAUCUACCACUAACAGCACUCAUAGAGAGUCAGAUAUUCUGUUUGCAUGGAGGACUCUCACCUUCUCUGGAUACACUGGAUAAUAUCCGAGCGCUGGACCGUAUACAAGAGGUUCCACAUGAAGGGCCAAUGUGUGAUCUCCUGUGGUCUGAUCCAGAUGAUCGAUGUGGUUGGGGAAUAUCACCUCGAGGGGCUGGUUACACCUUUGGACAGGAUAUAGCAUCUCAAUUCAAUCACACCAAUGGUCUCAAUCUGAUUUCUAGAGCUCAUCAGCUUGUGAUGGAGGGUUUUAAUUGGUGUCAGGAUAAGAAUGUUGUGACAGUAUUUAGUGCUCCAAACUAUUGUUACCGGUGUGGUAAUAUGGCUGCCAUUCUAGAAAUAGGCGAAAACAUGGAGCAGAAUUUCCUUCAGUUUGACCCAGCUCCUCGGCAGAUAGAGCCCGACACCACAAGGAAGACUCCAGAUUACUUUCUGUGAUUCCGAUACUUGUGCUUGACAGCAGGUAUGUUUCAGAAGUGGAGUUUUUGCUGGUUGAGGUUUAUUCUCGACACCAUUCUUUUGUUUGGAGCUCGACUACACCUAUGCCAGAGGCUCGCUAGAGUUGACGAAAUGCCUUAAGUGGUUUUUCAUGUAUAUUUUUCUGAAAUCGAAGUAACAUGGUACAUUCUGUUCUGUAAUUUGAAAUCUAACGUAAAAAAGCAGGUUUUUCCCUUUCAAAAGUCCAA